CUUGAACGAGAUUGGUUGUUUUGGGCGGAUAUGUCUGGUUCAAAGUCUUAUUUUCUUGGUUGAAAGAUUUUGUCUUUGCUUAAGAAAUGGAUCCAGUGUCUAAGAAAGAAGUCCUACAUCUCUUUACUCCCGUUACGAUUUAUUCUCUACUGGCCUGCGGCAUACAGUUUGCCGUGGGUUACAUUUGUGCGCAUGUAUGUGGGAGAAAAUGCACUGGAACUGAUAGAUGGGUGCUUGUGUGGCUUUUCUACGAUGCGAUUGUUCACAUUACUUUGGAAGGACCCUUUGUUUACAUGUCACUUGUUGGAACAGUUGCAACAUCAGACAGUAUUUUUGCCGAACUCUGGAAGGAGUAUGGGAAGGCAGAUGGGCGAUGGCUCCAUUCUGACCCCACAAUAGUGUCCCUGGAACUGCUAACUGUUCUCCUUGACAGCCUCCUGGCGCUGGUGCUCAUCUACGCCAUCGUCAAGGACAAACACUACAGGCACUUCAUUCAAAUCACGUUGUGUGUGUGUGAGCUUUACGGAGGCUGGAUGACGUUCUGUCCAGACUGGCUGGUAGGCAGUCCCAACCUCAACACUGACAACUGGCUCUACCUGUGGGUUUAUCUGGUCUUUUUCAAUGGGGUGUGGGUGGUGGCACCUGGUCUACUUCUGUGGCAAUCAUGGCUGUCCCUCAAGCAACUUCACCCCUCCCACCAAGCCAAAAACAAGCUGCAAUAGAAUCUGUGGAACAUUCGAUACAUUUCUCAGUGGGUUAGUACAUCCAAUAAUUCUGUUUUUAAUUCUGAAAUUCAACACCACCGUUGCUCCUUGGGGGUUUAAGGCCGGGUGUUUUUGUAAAAGCACUUUGUGACAACUGCUUUUGUAAAAAGGGCUUUAUAAAUAAAUUUGAUUUCGCACCCAUUUCUGGGCUAAUAUUGGAUCAUAAUUGAUCUGUAGAUGUAAUAAACAUGAAUGUGCUAACUUGAAAUAACUCACGUUAUUUAACUGGGAUGUUGGCCAACAAUACCUUGAGUGUAUUACAGCAUCCAUCUGCAGGCUGUGCCUUGUACAUAUAGACAAUGUUUUACAUUGGAAGGUAAACAGGUACCUGUAAAUGUAGCCAAGCCUAAACUGGUGUUUGUAUUGUGUAAUGUCAUGUCAUACAAACCACUAGACAGUAAAGCCCAGUUAAGACAUUUACAUUUAGUUUAGCAUGUUUUAUUACUCAGAGUGAUUAAAAAACAAUGUAGAUGUGAUUAAAAAAACUAUGUAGAUGCUAAUCAAAGUGUACCUUUCUUCUAAUCUCUGUUUUACAGUACUCUGCAGUCUCACUUAAGUCAUGUGUAAGUGCUGUAAAUUCAAGGGUUCAGUCUCAUGUUGAGAACUCCAUACAACAUGCUGAAAUGGUGACAUUGAGGAUUGCUGAACAGUUAAUUUCUGUGAUUGAAUAAAAUUAAUCCUUGUUCAUCCACAA